AUGACUACCAGUACGGAGUUGAAACAUACGGGUGGACAGCAGAGACGGGGACAUGCUGGGCAUAGUCAUGGACAUGGACACGGGCAUCAUCACCAUCAUGACAAGACGCUGCUGACGUCGAAGGAUAAGUCCAAUCCAGGCGCAAGAAUCACUCGCAUUGGUCUCUACGUCAAUCUCGGUCUCACAAUCCUCAAAGCCGUCGGCGGGUACGCACUCAACUCUGCCUCCCUCCUCGCCGACGCUGGGCAUUCCGCUGGGGAUUUGUUGUCUGAUCUCUUGACCUUGUCUACGAUUUCGAUCUCGUCGAGGGCGCCUACGGCGACGUUUCCGCUUGGGUUUGGGAAGGUGGAGACGUUAGGAGCUGUCGGUGUUUCGGGAAUCUUGAUCUUGACUGGCUUUGGGAUUGGGUGGAGCUCACUGGUCCAACUCAUCACCAUCGCAACCGGUGUCAACGUCGCCGAGGUUGUAGGAGAACUGGGACACUCGCACUCACAUUCCCAUUCCCACGGCGCCAUCACCGGCAUCACAGACAUAAACGCUGCCUGGCUCGCGCUCGGCUCCAUCGCCAUAAAAGAAUGGCUCUUCCACUCCACCCUCAAAAUCGCCCACCAAACCCAAUCCGGCGUCCUCGAGGCCAAUGCCUGGCAUCACCGUACCGAUUCCCUAACCUCCAUCGUUGCACUCGUCGCGAUUUUGGGUGGUCAUUUCGUGCAGAGUUGGAGUUGGUUGGAUCCGCUUGGAGGGGUGAUGGUGAGUGCGAUGAUUGUGCAUGCGGGGUGGGCAACGGGAAGGGGGGCUUUCUUGGAGUUGGUGGACAGGACUAUGGAGGAGGAUGUUAGGGAGCAGAUCGCGGGGGCGGCGCAGAAGAGUUUGAAGAGCGUGCAGAGUGAGGGGUUGUCUGAGAUUAUUGGCGUAAAGGGGACGAAGAGUGGACCCGGCUAUCUUGUGCAAGUUGGUGUUGCGGUGAAGGGCGACAUGACCGUCAUGGAUGCGGGGAAGAUUGACAAGGUAUGA